AUGCAUAUUCCCACAGUGCAACAGCUUGCCGCCCAGAGAAGUGCUGUACAGGACGGUGAGCUGAUGGCGUGGAGCCUGGCAAGUGAGCGCGAGAAGUCGUUGCAGGAGAGCAAUAACAAACUGAAAGCUCGGGUAGCCCAGCUGUGGGACAUGAACCGCAAGAUGAUACCCGUUGCUCCUGGUCAAACGUUCCCCGGCCCGCCUGCAAUUCUGAUGGCCGAGAACGAGAAGUCAUUGUUCUCGGAUGGAUCCUCUGGUCCUUUGGUUCAGCCAGUCCAAUGCAACCAGUCGGCCGCUCCUGAAACCGAGAAGGAAAUGUCUCAGGAUGAAGAUUUUAUCCCCGAUAUUCUGCUGCCCGGACCAGGACUUCCAUAUCAGGCCGCGUGCCGGGGAAAGACAUACGCUGAUAUCCCGCUUUCUCGCGACGACCAUGCCGCGGGCUCUCAUCACAUUGCCGGUGAUACUCUUAUUAGCGAUUUCAAGGCGUACGUUGCUCUUAAUCGAGAUGUUCGCUUCUAUGUCUUCAGAGACUAUGAAUGCCCGAAACAGGCAUCCAGAGACUGGACCAAGCCGGAUGAAAGCACUAGCAAUGAGAUCCAUGUCGUGUCUGAUGAGCUCAAGCGCACUCUCACUAGCAUAUCGCGCUGUUUGCCAGACGGUGAUACGCAGAGUCGAAGCAACACCAACGGUUUCAAUCGGCCACUUCCACCAGACGGCGUGUACCGGCCGCGCUUCCUGUAUCAUCAUAGGGAGAUUCUCCAGAACAUCCUUGCGAACGAGCCGUUCCGGGCAGACAUCAAAGCGCUUCUAUGGUUCCUAGGGCAUGAGUCGCCCGACUAUGGCAGACUAAAGACGUGUGAUUUCUUGUUUAAACAAGGGAAGGUGUGUGCCAAUACUCUCCCGUGGCUGUUUUGUCCAAACUCCAUGGUCAUUGCCACCAAGCGAGGACCCGACUCCAAUAUCCCGGCUGCCUAUGUGCUUGAGGACUGGCCGAUUGAAAUCGAUGGCGGUCUGCAGCUGAACUGUUGGAGUUGGGGAUAUGACGGUCAACGGCUACAGCGUCGCCAAAUUUGUCUCACUGUCAAAGUGGCAAGGGACGCUAUCGUAGACAUCACGUCGCUCUCUGUGUACCCUGCCAAGAACAUGGUCGAUGAGGUGAGGCAGAGGCUUGUGAGCAGAGGACAGCAAUUCUGGGGAUACAGGCAUCAGCAACAUGUAUCAUACCAAGGCUGGGACUAUCAGAAGGAGCGCAAAUAUGGACAGGGUUCCCGUUGCAUGAUCGACUAUCAGACUUACAGGAAAUUCCACGGUGCUGCGACCGCUUUCAGCUUCAGUCGUUCAGCUAAGGCUCUUUAUGAUCGAUGGCCAGAGUCCAUCUCCAACAAUUCCUACCUCUCCGAAGACAACUUCAUGCUUCUACCUCCAGAGAUCCAUGGCUUCUUCCUCAAGGACAAGCGAUGGGUGUGUUUGUGUCUUGAUCAGAUCACUCCAGUGGCGUGGAACAAACUUGCUUUCGAGCGACUAGUGUUGCCUCAGAAGACCAAGACGCUGGUUCAAGCAAUGGUGAUGCCCCGAGCGAACAAGGACGCGGAUGCUGAGCCGGAAGUCCGCGGAGAUCUCAUCGCUGGCAAAGGCAACGGCUUGAUCAUGCUCCUCCAUGGUCCGCCUGGAACGGGCAAGACUCUGACCGCGGAGAGCGUUGCGGAGCUGGCGGAGUUGCCGCUGUACAGUGUCACAUGCGGUGAUAUUGGCACCAGCCCGGAGGCGGUGGAGAGAUAUCUCAACACAGUCCUCCAUUUAGGAAAGACUUGGAACUGCGUCCUUCUUCUUGACGAAGCAGAUGUAUUCUUGGAGCAGCGAUCUAUGGCUGAUCUCGACCGUAAUAGCCUUGUUUCUGUAUUCCUUCGAACGCUAGAAUACUACAGCGGCAUCUUGAUUCUCACUUCCAACCGCGUAUCUAUCUUCGACGAGGCAUUCAAGUCGCGCAUCCAAGUCGCACUGUCUUACCCGCGCCUCGACAAGGCAUCGAGGAAGCGAGUCUGGGCCAAUUUCAUCAACAUGAUCCAUGAAGAUGGUGGCCGAGGGCCGACUGAAGCCGGGGCAAAGUUCUGCGUCGAUUACCCAGGCAUUGUCUCGCACAUGGACGACUUGGCAGACUGCGAGCUGAACGGUCGCCAGAUCCGCAACGCCAUGGCCACGGCGAGACAGCUCGCUGGAUAUCUUGGAGAGACAUUGAACUGGGGCCACCUGGAAACCGCGAUCACUACUGCGAGCGACUUCACUAUCUCUCAGUCUGCUCCCUAA